AUGGCAAUAUUUGGUUUGUUGAUGCCAGUUUUCCUAGUGUGCUUUGAUAUUGGACAUUCUUGCCAGAGUUCUGAUGACUUUGUGGGUGCCAGCUCUCCCGGAGACAUUGUCAUUGGAGGCUUAUUUGCAGUUCAUGGCAAAAUGUUACAUUCAGAAGAAAAGCCCCUCCAGCCUGUGAUUGCCAAUUGUGCCGGCUUUGAAGUUCAAGUGUUUCUUCAGAGUCUUGCAAUGAUCCAUGCUAUUGAAAUAGUCAACAACUCAACACUUUUACCUGGAAUUAAACUGGGCUACGAGAUCUACGACACAUGUGCCGAGGUCACCAGAGCCAUGGCUGCAGCUUUGCGAUUCCUGUCCAAGUUUAAUGCUUCCAAAGAGUUAGUGGAAUUCCAGUGCAAUUAUUCUGAUUAUACACCUAGAGUAAAAGCUGUAAUAGGUGCCACGUACUCUGAAGUAUCCAUGUCGGUUGCAAGGAUAUUGAAUUUGCAGCUAAUACCACAGGUGAGCCAUGCAUCGACUGCAGAAAUCCUCAGUGAUAAAGUCCGCUUCCCAUCUUUUCUGCGCACUGUGCCCAGUGAUUCCUACCAGACAAAAGCCAUGGCUCGAUUAAUCCACAGAUCAGGAUGGAACUGGAUUGGAAUAAUUGCCACGGAUGAUGACUUUGGGCGCCUCGCUGUGGAGAGUUUUGGGUUGCAGGCCAUGGCGAAUAACGUCUGUAUUGCAUUUAAAGAAAUGUUGCCAGCUUAUCUCUCGGACAGCACCAUUCAUGGCAAAAUUAAUCAAGCCCUGGAGAAGAUUGUCAAGGAAACCAGGGUAAAUGUCAUUGUUGUCUUUCUGAGGCAAUUCCACGUAAUGAGACUUUUCAGAAAAGCAAUUGAGAGGAACAUAAAUAAGACCUGGAUUGCAAGUGAUAACUGGUCAGCCGCUGUCAAGAUUAGCACUCUUCCAAAUAUCAGCCGCCUGGGGAAAGUGGUAGGAUUUACAUUCAAAAGUGGCAACAUGUCAUCUUUCCACCAGUUCUUGAGCAAUCUACAUAAAACCCCUACUGGGAACAAUACAUUCUCAAGGGAAUAUGCUAUGCUUAUAUCAGCAUGCUCACAUAUAAAUGAUCAAGAUCUGAGUAAAUGCAUUUCUAGUUACUCUGUUGAGAAAUUGCUACAGAACCGCACUAAUCCAAGUAGCCAGCUUUGGGGUGAGGAAUUUCUCAUUGCCAACAUCGAACCAGGAUUUAUCCAUAGCACCAUGCUUGCAGUGCAUGCCAUCGCAAAUGCCAUUUGGAAUCAAUGCAAGAACAGGAACUGCAAAGACCCAUAUGCUUUUGCCCCUUGGGAGUUGCUUGAAGAACUUAAAGAAAUAAGGUUCAUUGACAAUGAAAGGGAGGUCUAUUUUGACUCUCAUGGAGACAUUAACACAGGCUAUGAUGUUCUGCUCUGGAAGGAAAUCGAUGGACGGAUGGUGAUUACCAACAUGGCAGAGUAUGAUCUAGAGAAGGAUGACUUUAUCUUUGCAGACAAAGAAGAUGAAAUUGAGUUCAUGGAUUUAAAGAAUGUUCAAUCCAAAUGCUCCAGAAAAUGCAGACCAGGACAGGUGAAAAAAGUUUCUGCAAGCCCACAUACCUGCUGCUAUGAGUGUAUCAGCUGCCCUGAAAACUACUAUACUAACCAGUCAGAUAUGGAUUACUGCAUUUUAUGCAACAACAGAACCCACUGGGCUCCUGUAAACAGCUCAACAUGCUACAGGAAGAUGGUUCAGUACCUCAACUGGAAUGACUGGUUUGCUAUUUUGUUAAUGGUUCUCUCUGUUCUUGGGAUAGUAUUGAUUUGUGCCAUUAUCAUAAUAUUUACUAGAAAUGUGGACACUCCAGUUGUAAAGGCAUCAGGUGGCUUAACAGUAUGCUAUGUUAUCCUUCUCUGUCACUUCCUCGCUUUUGUUAGCACGGGCUUUUUCAUUGGCAAGCCCAAAGCCUACACAUGUAAAACUCGUCAAGCUCUCUUUGGCAUCAGCUUUGCCCUCUGCAUUUCAUGCAUUUUGAUUAAGUCUCUGAAAAUUUUACUGGCCUUCAGUUUUGACCCCAUGUUGCAAAAGUUGCUAAAAGGCCUCUACAAACCUGUUCCCAUUGUGUCCUUUUGCACUGGGAUCCAGGUCUUGAUUUGUGUUGUUUGGAUCACAGUUCGAAGCCCUUUUGUGGAAGAGAAUUUCUCCAUCAGGAGGGUUAUCAUCCUAGAAUGCAAUGAAGGUUCAGUUGUGGCUCUGGGGAUCAUGCUAGGGUAUAUUGCUCUUUUGGCCUUCAUCUGCUUCAUCUGUGCCUUUAAAGGCAGGAAGCUACCUGAGAACUACAACGAAGCAAAAUUCAUCACAUUUGGCAUGCUCAUCUACUUCAUUGCCUGGAUUAUAUUUAUUCCAGUCUACAUGACUACCUUUGGCAAAUACUUGCCAGCUGUUGAAAUCAUUGUCAUUUUGAUUUCUAACUAUGGGAUCCUCUGCUGUACAUUCUUUCCCAAGUGCUACAUCAUACUGUAUAAGCAAGAAGCGAAUACAAAAUCAGCCUUCCUGAAAAUGCUUUAUAGCUAUUCAUCCAAAAGUGCAGGAAGCCUUAGUGUCAACCAAAGUUCUUUGGACUCAAAGAGUGAGACACCUCCAAUGCCUACCACACAGGCUUGUUUUAAAGCUAAGAGUGAAAAAAACUGGGUAAAUGGUAGCUGCCACUUCCAAGCAUCUGGGUACAGGGAGAUAAGAGGGGAAGUACCAGCCAUGAAUAUAGGAGGGCCAACAAUAUCCAGGAGAAGACUUUCUAGCAUAUGA